CUUUUCGACUGACAUUCGCCAUGACUUGCGGAAGCGUCGCUAAUUGAUGGGUUUAACCAAGGUCCUUGGAAAAGGCGAGUGCAAAUCACGACUUACGAACACUUUCAGACGUGUCGAUGGGUUGGUUAUAAAAGAUGACAUGGGCCAAGGGUAACACACUUUCCACCCUUUUUCGACUAGACCGUUCGUUCUGUAAUCUGCCCAAUUUGAGACUUUUCGGAACCAUACGAUAAAGCAUCUUUUUUCGUCUACGAAUACCUCAUAAUUACUCAUUUUCUCCUAUCACCAUGGCACCCGGGGUCCUUCAGUCCGAGUCACCAACAUUGGUCCCAACGACUCUGCCUCAACAGAAGCUGAAGCAAGAGAAGAAUGCAUCCAUCAAGGCUAUUGAAGAUAUCUAUGGCAACUACUUUCCUGCCAAUCCAGAAACCCUCAGUCUUGAGUCAAAUUUUGGCCCUAUGAACCCUGCGACCAUCGGCUAUCUCCAACCUACUACUGCCGAUACUCCCAUUGAGACUAUGCGAGAACGCUUCGAGCGAGAUGGAUAUCUUUUUAUCAAGAACCUUCUUCCCCACGGGCCCGUCCUCGAAUGUCGCCGAGCCUAUUUCGACCACAUGAGCCCAAGCGGCCUCCUUCAACCAGGCAGUGAGCCAGUCAACGGCACAUUUUCAGGAAAAGAUACCCGCAAAUACCUUCCUCCUGGAAACCUCCGUCGUCUGUUCGGGUUGAAAGACGAUGCCGAGAGCGACAAGUAUGCCGAACUCAUGGUCUCUGCGCACGAAGCCGACUUUUACGUCAACUUCUGCAAGUUCCCGGAGCUCCGCGAGUUCGUCAGUCGCUUCACCGGCUGGCCAUCCCCACACAUGCUCCAGCGAACGAUGCUUCGGGCUUUCGUUCCCAACAGUGAGCUGACGCCAGUACACUUUGAUCAAAUGUACCUUCGUGCUGGACCGCCGACGAGUCUAACUGCGUGGGUCCCCAUCGGCCCCGUCUCGCUUGAGGGAGGCGGCUUGAUGUACCUUGAAGGGUCAACAGACAUCGGCAUGAAGACUGAAGAUGACUUUGCUGCACAUGCCAACAACCUCUCUGAUGAGGAGAGAGUGAGCGCUUUCAAUAAGAACAUGAAUGAUGGCGGGUUCCUCAGCAGAGAUACGAUCUCUUACGGCAAGGAGACGAAGAGGAAAUGGCUGAUUGCCGAGUAUGAAACUGGCGAUGUCAUCUUCCACAACCCUUACAUGGUGCACGCAAGCUGCAAGAAUAAGGACCCUGAAACGAGGAUCCGUCUAGCCACGGAUUUGAGAUUCGUUGACCCUGAGAAGCCUUAUGAUAGACGCUGGAUGAAGGUUUAUAAGCCACUUGAUGGACUGUGAACAUUGGCUUUGGAGAAGAGCACUGUAAAGAGCUCACAUCAUGUAAACUACUUUUAGGAAUUACCUUUUGACAUAAAGAACAAUUUGACAUGACCC